AUGACGAGAACGUUCCUGUCCGUCGCGAGUGCGGUACUCCUCCUCGCCUCUGUGGUGAACGGUGUGAACGUCACACGUGUCGAUGCGAAGGCGGACGCACAAAUCCAUCUGUACCCGUUCAACACUUUCGAUUGCACCGAAGGUCCUGUGGGAAGCCCGCUUGAGCUCAAACAAGGUGAAUGUGUCAAUUUUCAUGCCGCGCACAGCGUCAAGCCAAUGCUUCGCUCUGAUCACCAAGACUGGAUCAACGAAGUCAAUGAGCUACGAACGAACUGCAAGCUGGAGACUUUCCGAGUUCCUGGCUGCCCCGAUUCCGGCAAGAUGGAUCAGUAUCUGUACGGCCGCAGCGGUGACAUGCCCGAGAAUUUUGGCCGUUGCCUUGUCGGUGACCACUCCAGUGACGACGAUUCCUUUUCCUCAGCCAAGUUUGUCUGCGGUAAGCUCGAGAAUCCCGAGCUUCUCUGCACAAGCAUCAUCGAACACACGUCAUGGUCUAUGGACCCAACAGGCAGCCCAAGCUCUUCAGUUAUUACCGCAACUUAUACCGGCAGUCUCUCCGCCACAGGUCGUUUUGCUCGGAUCAUCAAGCCAACACACAUCGGGCAAGGCAAACCGACACUCGAGCCACGCUUCAAAACCGACCAGGAGACCAAGAGCGUAUGGAUGCUCCACCCCUGGAGUAAGUCGAUGGUCUGUUACCUUUGCUAUCCGGAGAAGAAAGGCGAUUAUAGCAAAAUCGAGUGCCGCUACGGCAAGGACUUUCCCGCCCAGUGUGGAGGCAAUCCCGUCGGCGGGGAUGGCGAAGUCAGGACACCUAUGACCACGACGACGGCUACAACAACCGCCACAACAACUACGCACACGACCAGUACCAAGCUGACUGUAUUCUCUAUGAGUGGCCGCGAUGACGAUGACGCUUCGAUGUCAGACUCGGAGUCUGACUUUACGGACAUGGACCUCGACAUGUCGCAGAAGAGGUCAUGGCACACGCCCGUCAAGUUUGGUCACCCCUUUGUCCAGGGGCAGCAUGUGUGCGCAGAUGCCGAGUGGGAGAAGCGUGGCCGGCCCGAAAGCUACAUCAAAAUCCAGCACUGCCAUAUUUGCGACCACAAGGACCGAGGUGAUUCGCAGUGGAUCGGUCUUCCCGAGACCGCCGUCGAUACUGUAUCAAAGACAACGACGACAACCAACACGAUUCGACACACGCUCUCUCGCCGACACGACCAAUUGUGA